AGAUGAUAAGAUGAGUAUAUGGCAAGAUCGUCUAUUCUGUGUGUAUCAGACAGACGGAUGGAUGGGAAAAUACACCACAAGAGUCAGAUCCCUCCUUUCGAAGUUACAGUCGUAGGUGAGCAUUUUCCUAUACGAUUACGAUAGGGUGCCCAAGGAGGCUCUCAUUUCAACCUUCUUGGUCACUACCGGGUGAACCGCCCCACGGCUCCGCUUCCGACGACAGAACACACAGCCUUUGGUGUUGGGCAAAAGGAGAAAUGGAAAGAGUCUGACUCCUGAAUCUCUUUCAAGACCUAAUUCCCCCUCAUUCCCUUCUUCCUCUGCUCUCCUCUCAAAUUUGCGGUGUUUCUAUUUUCCUGAAUGAAACUGCACCUUUUUUAGCUGCAUUCACCCCGAACCCCUCUAAAUUGCGCCCGCCUACGUCAGUCCGGUCCCUGCGACAAUGGCGUACAACAAGGCCUAUAAUCCGGACGCGCUCCCAGCGCACGCAGAGCCUGAACAGGUCGCCCAGAUGAUCGGUGCGAUGCAGAUAAACGCUACAAGUCAACAUAAAACACACGUUACGUCGCCAGGGGGCGUGUCUUCCCGUCCUCAUCCUACAUCCCCCCAUUCUCAGCGGCACCACCCUGCAGCGGGGUUUCCGCGCCCAGCAACAGACAAACCACUGCCUAGCGUACAUCCAAACCAACAGCGUCCUGGUGGUCUGCUCCAUCCAUCUCCCCCUCCGCAGAACUACGGCUUUGGACCCCCUCCCUCCCAGCCAGUCCGUAACCGUCCCCCCCCAUCGGCACGCCCUCCUGCGACUCCUCACCCUCCCCCAUUGGCGGUCCCCAAUGACGAUCCGCAGCAGCUGUUCCCGUUGUUCAAGGCGGCCAACUCCUCCCACUCUGGAGCCCUUACUGAACAUGAGCUAGGUUCUGCUUUGGUGAACGGGGACUUCACCUCAUUCCACCCCAAGACUGUGAAGAUGAUGAUUAGCAUGUUCGACCGCAAUAGGAGCGGGUCGAUUUCCUUUGACGAGUUCGUCUCGCUCUGGCGCUACCUGGCUGCAUGGCGCGAACUAUUCGAAAAAUUCGAUGAGGACCGCAGCGGACGUAUCAGUCUUCAGGAAUUCGAGAAGGCGCUGGUAGCGUUUGGGUACCGUCUCAGUCCACCCUUUGUGACGGUUCUCUUCACCACAUUCGAGAGCAAGGGACGGAGGGCCAACGGACAUGGCGUAGGAGCUCCGCCAAUGGGGAUGAGCUUUGAUCUGUUUGUUCAGGCAUGUAUCAGUCUUAGGCGCAUGACAGACGUGUUCAAGCGGUAUGAUGACGAUCGCGAUGGGUAUAUCACGGUGAGCUUUGAGGAAUUUCUAACGGAGAUCCUUCAGUUACAGGAUUAGAGAAUUGUUGGGAGUUAGGAGGUUUUGGGAAGUGAAAAAAAAAAGAAAAAAAAAAAGGGGGAAGAAGGGGUGUUUCUUGUAUUGCUUUGAUGUGAUGGUCUAGUACGGAGUAGAGCAUGAUAUUAUAUACCCGAAAUCAUUAAUACUAGUUACUGCAUUGUGUAUAUUUAACAGAUUGAAAGAGAGAAUACUUUGUAUGUACUCCGUACUCUGUGUGUGUGUGUGUACGGAGUAUACAUAUAUGGUUAGCAUUGUAUGAUGUAGGACGAGGUCAUGUGUUAUCUAUCCUUUCCCAAUUCAACAACCUCGAA